GGUGUGUGUGUGUGUGACGGCAGCGGCCCGCGUGGAACCGUCACGGGGCCCCUGAGGAGCAGCGGGGGCCCGGCACGAGCAGAGUCAUCAAUGUGUUGAAGACAUAUAUUUGAAAGGUGGGGAACUAGUGGAAGAGUUGCAACUUUUUGAAGAUACAAACCUUUGCGUACUUUUCUUGUUGCAUACCUGGAAAGUAAUAAAGGAAACUUCGUCGACAGUUUGUCAGAAUGCAGCGGAAUCUAUUACAUGGUGCAUCUCAGCUGGCGCAUGGGACCUGUUGGUUUUUUCCUCACACUACUGUCCUUCAGUGCUUAAAAGGACAGUCCAUGUUGUCUAAUGUGGGAUGCAAAGUGAUUUUGGCACUGGACCCCCCUAAACGAUGUCUUCAUGCAGGUGCAGCACACUUUGCCUCAAAGAAAACUGCUUUUCCAUCACAGCCAGCAGACACUCCUCACAAAGAAGAGAGAAAUCCCUUGCCUUCGGCCACUGAUACACCCAAGCAGAGCCCUGCAGAGUCAGAUCCUUUAGAUCCUGAUCCAUUACAAGAUAAAUCAAUUAGUCUCGUUCAGAGAUUCAAGAAAACUUUUAAACAGUAUGGAAAAGUCAUGAUUCCAGUGCAUCUUCUGACUUCCACUGUAUGGUUUGGAUCCUUUUACUAUGCAGCCAUGAAUGGGGUGAAUGUUGUUCCAUUCCUAGAGCUGAUUGGCUUACCAGACAGCGUAACAAGCAUCCUGAAAAAUUCCCAGGGCGGAAAUGCACUAACUGCAUAUGCAUUGUAUAAAAUUGCAACUCCUGCCAGAUACACUGUGACUUUGGGAGGAACAUCCAUCACUGUUAAAUAUCUACGUAAGAGUGGCUACAUAUCCACACCACCACCAGUAAAGGAAUAUCUACAAGACAGGAUGGAGGAAACAAAGGAUAAAAUUACAGAGAAGAUGGAGGAAACAAAGGAUAAAAUUACAGAGAAGAUGGAGGAAACAAAGGAUAAAAUUACGGAGAAGAUACAAGAAACCAAAGAUAAAGUCUCAUUUAAAAAAAUAAAGGAGUAGAAGAGAUGCUUAAUUUCUGGAUAUAUCAAACAGCACUUUAACCCUUUGUGAGGCAGGAUAUGCAAAGUGCACUUCUGAGCUUUUUUUCUUUUUAUUCUUUUUGUUCUUUUUCGUUUUUUUAACUUUGUCUGGAGACUACAAUUGCUAUGGGGAUUUAAAGGUUGAAGUUCCCUGGGGGAGAGGUUGUGACAAAAUCUCAAUUUACAGAAGGAAAAGUGAAUCUCAUGCUAGAAGUUAAUAUGUCCAUUGGUCAUAGUGUUAACAGUUACUCUUCCCUCUUCUUUUUUUUUUCCACGCCCUGCUUCUCAAAAUGGAGAUGGUUUCUGCCAAAAGCCACUGCUUUAUUCUUCUUCCAUCGUAGUGCACAGCCAUUAUUCCAUUAGACUCUGAACCUUCCAUUAAAUGAGAAUGAAGAUUUCUCUAUUGGGAAAGGCAACAUAUUUAGGUUUUUAGAGUAUGUGGACCCAAGCCUCUUCAAUCGUGAUCAUCUCUCAGCUUGGAGACAGACCAUUGUCACUGAUACUGCACAUGAAGGAAUCGAUGGAUUGAUCCUGGGAUAGCCAGAAUGAAUUACAAUGGCUACACUGACUUCAGCUGGGCUAUGAUAGUUUACAGGUUGAGACUAUGAAUCUUUCUUGGACAGUGCAUGUUCUCAGAAAUCUCAACUGAAAGCUAUAGGAAGAUAAGUUAAUCACAGUAGCCAUACUGUCAAGUAUACUUUGUUUCCUAAAGAUGAUUUACAUCACUAAAUGAAAUUAAUCAAUAAUUGUAUAUUGAAAACUAGGAUUUGUUUAUUGUGUUAAAGUUUAAAAACCUGCUCUAUUUCAUUCUUGAAACAAAUAAAAAGCUUGAAAGAGAAGUUUAUUUGAGAAAUUGCUGUACUAAGGGGCUUUUAAAACACAUAGAAAGUUAGACUUAAACCCAAGAGUUCCUCCUACGUUUCAGAAAUCCUUCAGACUUCAGUAGAACAAUUUGAGUAAAAUAAGCAUGAUUUUUGAGACAGUGAUCACAGUCUACCAAAUUUUUUUUUCCCCUAGAUUUUCUUAAGUCAAGCAAACAUUCAUAGCUGAAGGCUGAAAUGCUGCCUCAGAGAUGUCAUAAAGGACUAAAGUUGAAACUGUUCUAUUCGACUGGGCAGACAGACUUCUCUCGGUCUUACUCAAACAAGGCUAAAUUGAAAGUGUGUUUUUCCUGUUUCUACUACAGAUCUCACUUGGUAGCAACUCUGCCUGUGUAUGUUGUUUAACCAAAGGUGCUUUUUUGCAGGGGUUAGAGGGAAGCAACAGAGUUGGACCCUGAGCAUUGUAAUUGACUAGAGUAAAAGAAUAUAGCUGAUGAACUAUCAGCUCUGUCCCACUGUCCUGUUUUCAUUCAAGUCACUGAGGGCCUCUCCGUGUUUAAGUGAGUUGAGCUUCAUUAACUUAAUUGUGCAGGAUUGAUUACAUACUUCUCUGCCUCUGUCCACAUGUCAAAUAGUAACUGCAAUCUAAUGCCUACCUCACAGGGAUGUUGUGAGGAAUAAUCAUUGUAUAUUCAGUGACCUAAAGAUGUAAAGUGCCAUGUUUCUGAUAAACAUUAUUAAAAAAAAAUAUUUCUGUGAA